AUGAAGCGGAUCUCAUCCGAGCCUGAAUCUACCGCGUACUUCACCUUCCCCUGCAAACGAGCCCGCUGUGACCCGUUUGGUUCAAGCGCUUCCAAAGCAGACAUUGAAGGCGGAUGCGCCGACGUGUCUUCUACCCCCCAUUGCACUAUCACUUCCGAGUCGGUCGGGCGUCCGUGGAUCACCUGGAAGCCCCGGGCCCCUUGGGACGCUGCACUUCCGGGGCGCAGUAGAGUUGAAGAGAAGGAGGGCUUGAGUCCGGGGGUGAGGCCUAAGACACGACUUCGGCCCGCGAGUUGGCAGCCAGUAGGCGCGGUCGAAGACUCGGAUGACGAGUCGGCAGAUGAUAAUGGCGCAGCUGAAGUGGAAGUCGACACAUGCUUCCUGAGUGCAUCUGCGCCCACCGAGGGUGUGGCUCGGUCCGGAGUGGAAAACUACCCAAUUUCUACGGAUGCUGUGAAUUUUGUCCCAUCGGUAGGAAGGCUACGUCCCGAGCAACAAGACCCUCUCUUUGAGGAGCCUGAACGAAGUGGCUUCGCAACGCAUCCCGCAGAGCCUGCCAAUGCAGCUACUCCCGCACCCUCUACAUCCGUGCCACCUCUCCCCGUGCAGCCCGAACCUUCGUCCAAACCCACAUGCCAUUCUGGGCUGCAGCCUGCCCCACCAAUGCGCGCGCCCAAUCCGGCGCAAAGCGCGUCUUUCUCAGAGGGCGUUACGGAUCGGACGAACACCCACGCGCCCUCAUCCGUCGAGGGCACGGUGCCGACCCAUCUUCACUUCCACGGCGCGUCCUGGGAGCCGCAGCCGCGCACCCGACGCGCGAAGCUCCGCUCGGGGGACCGCACCGCCGCGCGUGGCUUCAUCUGGCUCUGCCCGCUGUGCCAGCGCCAGAAGGCGAUGAGCAGGGACGGGCUGAUCAAGCAUCUGUCGAUGAUGCACCCGGACACGGUGCGGAAGAAGAUAUCGCUGACGAGGGAGUCGAUAGCGCGGUUCGACGAGUCGCCGAUGAUACCCGACGAGGACUUCAUGUACGUCUUGUCGGCGUACUUCACCCUCCCGGAUCCUGCCGGGUCCGCGUCUGCCGCGACGUCACUAUAG